AUGAAGCCUCCAGAAGAUGUACAUUUUGGCAAAAGAAGUGUCCAGUUAAUAGAGGAUACAUUUUAUUGCUCAGGGAAAAAUGGACAACUUCGUCUGUUGAAUGGAAGAGGUCCCUGCUCUGGAAGAGGUACCUGGGGGACCAUCUGUGAUGAUUCUUGGGGCCUGAGUGAUGCCCAUGUGGUAUGCAGGCAGCUGGGCUGUGGAGUGGCCCUCGAAGCCAUGGUCUCUGCUCACUUUGGACAAGGAUCAGUCCCCAUCUGUCUGGAUGAUCUUAAUUGCUCUGUCAAUGAAUCCCACCGGAGAGUCUCUUCCCUCCAUUGGGGUCAGCAUGACUGCAGACACAAAGAGGAUGUGGGAGUCCUCUGCUCAGAAUCACUGGAUCUCAGGCUGGUGAGUGAGGACCAUAAAUGCUCUGGUUGGCUUGAGGUUUUCUACAAUGGAACAUGGGGUAGUGUUUGCUCCAACUCCAUGGAUGACAAUACUGUAUCAGUGAUUUGCAGACACCUGAAUUGUGGUACCAAGGGGCAUAUUGAACUAACUUCUAGCCCCUGAAAAGGUUUGCGGGCCAGGUGGAUAGACAGAAUCAACUGCCAAGGUCAAGAAUCGCCCCUCUGGCAUUGUCCUUCUCAAUCUUGGGACCAGAAUUCUUGCCAGCAGGAAGAGGAAGCCUUUAUCACAUGUGAAGACAGUGACAAAAUCCGACUCGGGGGAGGAGAGGGCCGAUGCUCUGGACGAGUGGAGAUCUGGUACAAUGGCUCCUGGGGAACAGUAUGUAGUGACUACUGGGGCCCAGAAGAUGCUGAUGUGGUUUGUCAGCAGCUGGGCUGUGGCUCUGCUCUGCAUGCCCCACUAUGGGGUGCAUUUGGCCCAGGAAAUGGACCCAUCUGGUUGGAUGAUGUACAGUGCAAAGGGACAGAGUCCUUUCUGUGGAAUUGCUCUGCGAGGCCCUGGGGGCACAGUGACUGUAAUCAUGCCUUAGAUGCUAGCGUCAUGUGCUCAGGAUUUGUCAAGCUGGUUGCUGGGGAUGGGCCCUGUAAUGGGAGGGUGGAAGUAAAUUCUGAAAACAAAUGGAGCACAGUUUGUGAUUGGAAUUUUACUCUUUCAACUGCCAAAGUCAUCUGCGCUGAGUUACAGUGUGGGACUGCAGUCUCCGUCAUGAAAGGAGCUCACUUUGGAAGAGGAAAUGGACCCAUCUGGGACAAAGAAUUCCAGUGUAAUGGAAGUGAACCGCUUCUGUCAUUGUGCCCCACAGUACCCCUUCCACAGCGAAGAUGCAGUCACAGCAUGGAUGUCGGAGUCAUUUGUUCAAGGUACACAGACUUUCGUCUGAUGAAUGGAAGCUCCCAAUGUGAAGGAAGAGUGGAGAUCCAAGUUUUGGGGACCUGGAGAACUCUCUGUGAUUCCCACUGGGAUCUGGCAGAUGCUAACGUUCUCUGCCACCAACUCAGCUGUGGUGUUGCCACAAAGCCUCCAGAAGAUGUCCAUUUUGGCAAAGGAAGUGUCCAGAUUAUAGGGGAUACAUUUUAUUGCACAGGGACAGAGUCUCAUUUGUGGGAUUGUCCUGUGACUAUUCUGGGGACUUCUCAAUGUUCCAAAGGAAAAGUUGCCUCUGUGGUCUGCUCAGGAAACCAGACACAGUCUCUCACAUUCAAUAAUUCACAGUCUGAAAAGGAAAAUGCAACUGUCCUAUUUUCAGAAAAUGGACAAGUUCGUCUGUUGAAUGGAAGAGGUCCCUGCUCUGGAAGAGUUGAAGUCUAUUACAAUGGUACAUGGGGGACCAUCUGUGAUGAUUCUUGGGACCUAAGUGAUGCCCACGUAGUGUGCAGGCAACUGGGCUGUGGAGUAGCCCUCGAAGUCAUGGUCUCUGCUCACUUUGGACAAAGAUCAGGCCCCAUCUGGCUGGAUGAGCUCAGCUGCUCUGGAAAUGAAUCCCACCUAAGGGAGUGCCCUUCCCUCCCCUGGGGUCAGCAUGACUGCAGGCACAAAGAGGACGUGGGAGUCCUCUGCUCAGAAUCCCUGGAUUUCAGGCUGGUGAGUGAAGACCAUAAGUGCUCUGGGUGGCUAGAAGUUUUCUACAAUGGAACAUGGGGUAGUGUUUGCUCCAACUCCAUGGAAGACAACACUGUAUCAGUGAUUUGCAGACACCUGAGUUGUGGUUCCAAGGGGCAUAUUGAAACAUUUUCUAGCUCCCGAAAUGACUUGCAGGUUAGGUGGCUAGACAAAAUCAACUGCCAAGGUCAAGAAUCCUUCCUCUGGCAUUGUCCUUCUCAAUCUUGGGGACAGAAUUCUUGUCAGCAGGGAGAGGAAGCCCUUAUCACAUGUGAAGAGUGGAGAUCCAAGUUUUGGGGACCUGGAGAAAAGCUAGGUAGAGAGGCAGCUAGGUGGUGCAGUGGAUCCAGAAGGCUUCGUCUGUUGAAUGGAAGAGGUCCGUGCUCUGGAAGGGUUGAAGUCUAUUACAAUGGUACCUGGGGGACCAUCUGUGAUGAUUCUUGGGACCUGAGUGAUGCCCACGUGGUGUGCAGGCAGCUGGGCUGUGGAGUGGCCCUCGAAGUCAUGGUCUCUGCUCACUUUGGACAAGGAUCAGGCCCCAUCUGGCUGGAUGAGCUCAGCUGCUCUGGCAAUGAAUCCCACCUAGGGGAGUGCCCUUCCCUCCACUGGGGUCAGCAUGACUGCAGACACAAAGAGGAUGUGGGAGUCCUCUGCUCAGAAUCCUUGGAUCUCAGGCUGGUGAGUGAGGACCAUAAGUGCUCUGGGUGGCUAGAAGUUUUCUACAAUGGAACAUGGGGUAAUGUUUGCUCCAACUCCAUGGACGACAACACUGUAUCAGUGAUUUGCAGACACCUGAGUUGUGGUUCUAAGGGGCGUAUUGAAACAUUUUCUAGCUCCCAACAAAGUUUGCAGGCCAGGUGGAUAGACAAAAUCAACUGCCAAGGUCAAGAAUCCUUCCUCUGGCAUUGUCCUUCUCAAUCUUGGGACCAGAAUUCUUGCCAGCAGGGAGAGGAAGCCCUUAUCACAUGUGAAGACAAAGACAAACUGCGACUCAGGGGAGGAGAGAUCCCAUGCUCUGGACGAGUGGAGAUCUGGCACAAUGGCUCCUGGGGCACAGUAUGUGAUGACUACUGGGACCUAGCAGAUGCUCAUGUGGUUUGUCAGCAGCUGGGCUGUGGCUCUGCUCUGGCUGCCCCAGAAUGGACUGCAUUUGGCCCAGGAAAUGGGACCAUUUGGUUGGAUGAUGUGCAGUGCAGAGGGAGGGAGUCCUCUCUGUGGGAUUGUCCUGCAAGGCCCUGGGGGCAGAAUGACUGUAAGCAUGAGCAGGAUGCUGGUGUCAUGUGCUCAGCUCUGUCCAGGUAUAGGGAUUCUCUUUAUGAAGCUGUGUACCAAGACAUUGAUUUCUAUCUGAAAGAGGACAAGGAAGACCUUCUGAGGAGCCCAGGGUCUUUUCUGGGCUAUGUGAGAGACAAGCUUGCACAAGGGGAAAAUGAAGGGAAAAACCAAGCUGUACUUUCCCCAAGUAACAGGAAAGAUAUCUCCAGUCAGCCUGAUGAUCCCCCAGGUGAUGGGUAUGAUGAUGCUGAAGAAUUAUCUAGGAUUGAAAUUCCCCCUGUUACCUCGAUAAAUGGGGAAGGUACUCUGGUUGCUACUGAUGCAUGGGAUGAGUACAGGGAAUCACACACAGGUCAGUUCUUUGGGAGAUCCCCUGACUCCAGGAUGGGAGAGGAUGACCCGCCCAUGUCCUCUGAGGCCCUGGGGUAUGAUGAAGCUGAGAUCGGUGUCCCUCAGAUGUCAGUUUAA